CUCUAGCCAAGUCAAUUCAUUCUAUCCCAGGAGACGAAUACACAUCUACCAACAUGUACAAGAUCGCAGUCCUCUUCGCCCUCGUCGCUUGUGCUUCCGCCGGAUACCUCGGUGGAUACGCCGCCGCCCCAGCCUACGGCUAUGCCGCCCACGCUCCAGCUCUGUCCUAUGCAGCCCAUGCCCCAGCUCUCUCCUACGCCGCUGCCCCAGCUUACUCUUAUGCCGCCCCAGCCAUCACUACCGUUUCCCACGCUCCAGCAGUAUCUUAUGCUGCUCCAGUUGCUACCGUCGCUCACGCUCCAGUCGCCACUGUAGCCCAUGCUCCAGUUGCCACCUCCUACUCUAACACCUACAGGACCGUCAACAAGGCUGUCGCCGUCGCUGCCCCAGCAGCCUACGCCGCACCUGCCGUCUCCUACGCUGCUGCCCCAGCUUACUCUUAUGCUGCCCCCGCUGUUGCCACCGUAGCUCAUCAUCCAACUCUAUCCUACGCCGCUGCCCCAGCCGUCUCCUAUGCUGCCGCCCCAGCUUACUCUUACGCCGCUCGUCCAGCCCUCUCUUACGGAGGUCUUGCCUACAAGAGCGGUCUUGCCUACGGUGCUGGUUACGGAUACGGAAACUCUCUUGGAUACUCUUCCCUCCUCCACCACUAAGUGAAAAACAAUGUACCUUUACCAGAGCUCUGACACGUAGAUCUGUACCGCAUGUAAAUAAGCUCUCGUAAAUUAUUUUAAAUUAAAAUAAUUUUAUAAAUAAUAAAUAAUUUAUAUAAAAUAUA